AUGGCUGUAUUAACGUUGACUCGUUUUAUAAAUGUACGAAAUGUAACGAAUUUUAAUAAUUUUGGUGUGGUUGGAAACGCAUUAAAUAUUAUACAACAUUCGAAUGUUAUUUCUAAAUCAUAUUCUACAGAUAUCAAUCAUGAAAUUAUUUCUUCUACUUCUACAAAUGAGCCCGAAAAAAGAAUGUCCAAAGCUAUGAAAUUAUAUUUUCAACGAUUUGUAGACUACAACAAGUCUAUGAAUGAAGAAAUAGCCAAAUAUAAUAUUGGGAAACGACAUUUAGCCAAUAUAAUGGGUAAAGAUGUUAAUAACUUUACGGAACGAGAUAUUAAUGAUGCAAUUAAUUACUUGUUUCCGUCUGGCUUAUAUAAUAUAGGAGCACGCCCUAUGAUGCAAAAUCCUGAAAAAACAAUUAUAAAAAGAAAGGAAGCAGAAUUUGAUGAAAGUGGUAGACCACUUCAUUUCUUAUAUUAUACAACUAAACCAAAUUAUUAUGAAAUACUUCAUAACAUUAUGGCAUCAUUAAAUGAUUUAAAUAAAAUGGAAGAUGAGAAAAGGAAACUUAAUUUAUCAUUCUCAACAGCAGAAAAAUUAACUUUGUCUGAUUCAAUAUGGAUAUCUAAAAAUAAAUUGGAAAGUUUAACGCAUGAAGACUUGUCACAAACAGAAUAUAUCUACUUUAUAAAAAGUAUAUCUAAAUUACUUGUCCAUCCGCUAUCAAAGUAUGCAGAAUCUUUUAUCAUGAAAUAUAGAACAAUGUUACCUAAUAUUGAUGAAACUGCAAACAUUCCAAAACCUGACUAUGACAGUGAAAAGAGACCUUUUGUUCUUGUUGAGAGGUGUGCAAGAAAAAAUGCAAGGGGCCAAGUUAAGGUGAUAGGUAAUGGAUCUGGAAAUAUUGUUAUAAAUGGACAGGAUAUCACAUAUUUUAAAGACAUGCAAUGUCGUGAACAAAUUAUAUUUCCAUUAAUUUUUACGAAUAUGUAUGACAAAGUUGAUAUUGAAGCAACAAUUUCUGGUGGAGGAAGUACUGGACAAGCUGGCGCUAUUCGAUGGGGUAUUUCAUAUGGGCUUCGAAGCUUUGUCGAUAUUAACAUGAUAGAAAAAAUGAAACUUGCUGGCCUUCUAACAAAUGACUGGAGGAGGCGUGAAAGAAAGAAGUGGGGUCAAGAAGGAGCUCGUAGGAAAUUUACGUGGAAGAAACGUUAAUUUUUUCUUUUCAGU